GCGCGUUUGUAUGAAGCAGCCCGAGGAGAGCGCGUGAGCAGCGAAAUAGAUGCUGGAGCUUCGGAGAAUACGCGUCACUGCAAGUCAGAAGGCGAUGCAGAAGGGUCCAGUGGCCUGCAACAAGGCUGCAUGACGCGGCUGUGUGACGGGAUGCUGCUAUAUAGGCAGAGGAGGAAGAGCUACGCUUCGCAAGCAAGUUCUUACUGGGCAUCAGCUGCACCUACCGCAAGUGGCGAGUGGUCUUCCUGGGCCAAUGCCGCCUCCUCGUACUGGAACAGCGUGAGCCCCAGCGCUGCACCCUCGCAAUGGUCAUCCUACGCCUCGGCUGCAUCUUCAUACUGGGCUUCCAACAGCGGCAGCCAGAUUACUGCUGCUCCCAGUGCCUUCCCUUGGGCUGGUGGCUUCGGCCCUGGAGGUCAUGGCGGCCCUGGUGGCUGGAGAGGUGGUAACGGGUACGGCCCUUUCGGCUCCAAUGCCAACAAUAGCGCCGCUGCUUCCAACUCUGGCUGGGGUCCUUGGGGUCAAAGCGGUGCUUGGACUUCCGGUCCCUGGACAUCUUGGUGGGGCGGAAGUAACUGCCCUGACAGCACUUGGUCUGGUUGGACUUCCGGACCUUGGGGCACUAAUGCACCUUGGACUUCUUGGUCUGGCUGCCAGGCUUCCACCACUGCGACUUCUACAGUCACCACGACCGUGUCAGGUGUCCCCACUACUUCCCUUUCCUAUGGUGUCCAGGUGAAUGCUGCCACAGUCGCUUCUGGGUCAGCCUCGGCAGCUACGGCUUCUGCUACUGGUGCUGCUGCCAAUCUUGGUGUUUCUGGCGCUGGUGUUGGAAUUGGAGCUGCUAUCGCCGCUUUGUUGAUGCUGUAAAGAACGCAUGGGAUUACAUCGGUAUGAAUGGCAUGAUCUUGACGAGGAAAGCAGAAGUCGGGUUUUGCUUGUAUGCUAGGUUGCGAUGGGGACAACUGAAACACGCUUGUCAAACACAACUGUACCUUCUCUUGCCUCGUGAUGUUGUGUCAGUCGGCUCCGCUUGUGUAUUGCAGAACGGUUGGGUUGAAGGACCCUUCAGUGCCGUGUACGUGGCCAUCCAGCAAUAUAUUCG